UGCACUGUUUCAUUUCUGUAGGCUGAUUUAAUCCAUGCAGACAUUGAAAGUGCAAUAAGUGACAGCAAGGGAGGAAAACCGAAGAAAAGGCCUGAAAUGCUCAGGAUGAUCACCAAAAGUGACGCUGGCAUCCCGCCACCUCCAAAUGCACCAGCUCCUAUUCCUCCUGGGACAGUUACACAGGUGGAUGUGCGGAGCAGAGUUGCUGCCUGGUCUGCAUGGGCAGCAGAACAAGGAGAUGGUGAGAAACCGAAACCUUCUUAUGAGCAGGAGGAGUCGCUUGAAAUGAUGGCAGCACGAAUUGAUAGAGAUGUUCAAAUUUUAAACCAUAUCCUGGAUGACAUUGAGUGUUUCAUCACAAAGCUUCAGAAAGCUGCGGAGGCCUUCUCAGAGCUAUCAAAAAGGAAGAAGACAAAGAAAUCCAAAAAGAAGGGGCCUGGAGAGGGAGUCUUGACCCUACGUUCAAAACCUCCAUCUCAAGAUGAAUACAUAGAUUGUUUCCAGAAGUUCAAGUAUGCAUUCAAUCUUCUGGCAAAAUUAAAAACACACAUCCAAAAUCCCAGUGCCGUGGACCUAGUUCACUUCUUAUUCACCCCACUUAAUAUGGUAGUACAGUCCACUGGUGGGCCUGAACUUGGAAACACAGUGCUUAGCCCACUUAUUACAAAGGAUGCCAUAGACUUCUUGCAUUCCACAGUCACUCCAGAAGAAAAACAGUUGUGGAUUUCACUAGGUGAUACUUGGACAAAACCCAGGAGAAGAGGAUCAAGGGAUGAGGGAGAGACUGAUUAUAUUUCAAGAGGUGCGUCACCAGCUUGGGGUGCCCUGGCUCAGGAUAAAAUGGAAGGUCCUCUGCAGAGCCUUACCUUUCUGGGGCUAGAAGGAGAUGUAGUGUCCUUCUCUUUUAGAUUACCUCAGAAUAUGCUGAAGGAACUGAUUUCAUUAGUCAGGUCUUCAGCUAAAAAUGUUAAAAUUCGGCAGGCUAAGGAAUUCUUCAGCCUUUUAAAUUUUGCCUAUAGGAUCUUGGCAUUGUCUAUGGAUAUGCUUCACCCUCAUGGAUCUUCUUUCCAUGUCUUCCUAAAAUGA